UUUCAUUAGAACUUUCAGAAAAAUUUUCCAACCAAAAUCGAAUAAUGUUUUUGAAAACUGUUUCGGUGUGCGCCGUAUUUUUCGCCGCGGCUUCUGCUGCACCCGAGGAAUUCAAAAAGGCAGAAAACCUUAGGAAUGAGGAUGGCUCUGCGAAUGUCGAAGCCAUUAUGAACGAGAUCAAGCGUGGGCAAUUGGCAGAGCGAGACAGGGGAUUGGCACAUUUGAAGCGUGCGAAUCGAGAGGCCGAUGCGGACAAGAAAGCGGACUUCAUGUCCAAGUUCAAUGAUGCCACGUUCGCAUACAAGUUCCUCACGCACAUGAGUUCCAGGGCAAAUGACUCCACUGUCUGCAGUAACAAUGAGGUUGCGAAACAUUACAGGUGCACCUUCAGCGACUGCUUCGCCAAGAGUCUCGGAGUUCCAGACUUCUAAAAAGGAGAAAACAUUCACUCAUUCUUGUUGCUCAAUUCGUCCUACUCUGUUGCUGAAGAUGGGUUCCUGUUCAUAGCAGCGACUCAAACAUGUGUGUGCUGUGCUUCAUAACUCGCAACUAUAUUAUUCUUUCCUCGUUUUGUGACUCUCAAGAAAAACAAAAAAGAAGCAAUUUUAGAAACUCUGAGAGCUUUCGUGAGUAACUCGGUCGUGAUGGAAAUUUUUGGUCCUUUUCACGGACAUUUUAACAAAGAGAAAGAGCUCUAUAUUUUCCAAGGACAUCUAAAAACUUCUGCUGAAGGACGAGAAUCACAUCGCUUAAAGUUAACUAAGUUGUAUUGUGUAUGUUUCUGUUGCACUGACAUUUUGACGGUUGCAUCGAGAGAAAAUAAAUUGUGGGGAAGCAUGCCAAA